UCAGUCGUCACCUCCUAAGAUAAGAUGGAUCAAAAUUCGAAUAGUAACCCGUUCGAUUCAGCUAGUGUUUUCUCUCGUCUAUUUUUCUGUUGGCUCUUUCCAAUAAUAAACGAAGGAAGAAAAAGAUUUUUAAAAGAUGAAGAUCUAUACAGAACUUCAAAAUAUCAUACUUCAGAGUAUCUUGGGGAUCUACUUCAGAAAGAGUGGAACAAGGAACUACUGAAGAGCAAUUCAAGCAUACUGAAAGCUUUAUUACGAUUUGUUGGGCUGAAAUACUUAAUAAUAAUUUCGCUUGUAUUUUUUCAGGAAACGGUGGUAGUUGCAGGCCAAGCAUACCUAUUGGGAUUAACAAUAUAUUAUUUUGACAACAGAUUGGAAUGGAAUCAACACAAUAUAUAUAUAACAAUUGCAGGAUUUUUUGGUGUAACUGCAAUUUACGUUUUUACAUAUAAUAUUAAUACCUUUGUCACAGAAAUUUAUGGAAUGAAAUUAAAGAUUGCAUUUUGCACUCUGGUAUAUAGAAAGGCAAUUAGGUUAAGUCCUUCAUCGCUAGGAAAAUCGAAUGUAGGACAAAUGGUAAACCUUCUAGCAAAUGAUGUUUGCAAGUUUAAUACUAAUAUUUUUUAUUUUCCUUAUUUGUUUACAAAUCCUUUCCUUGUUAUCGUUACAAUUGUGAUGUUGUGGCAAUAUUAUGGAUGGACUAUUUUAGCAGGAUUCUUGGCUAUAUUUAUUUUUAUUCCUAUACAAAUUGCAUUGAGCAAAUUAUAUUCAAAACUGAGGUUACAAGCAGCUAAAUUGGGAGACGAAAGACUGAAACUGUUGAACGAGAUGAUUGCAGAUAUGAGAUUAAUUAAAAUGUACUGCUGGGAAUUGCCAUAUGCUGCAUUAAUAGAGAAUGUCAGAGCAAAAGAAAUGAAAAAAGUCCGAAUGUUUUUGUAUGCAAGAGAGAUGUCAUUAGUUCUGUCAUUUCCAAUAUCGAAAUUAUUUAUUUCCCUGACAUUUCUUGCAUUUUAUUUAACUGGUGGACAAUUAAAUUCCCAAAUUGUGUUCGUCACUAUGACUUUUUCCAUAUUUGUUUUCGCUAGCACUAUUAACUUCUUCUCAUUAGCAAUAAAUGUGGCUGCAGAAAUUUUGGUUUCAUUAAAGAGACUUCAGACUUCCGUAUUAAUGUCCAUAUUGGGAGAAAUUCCUAUCACUUCUGGUAAAGUGUCAAGGAAAGGAAAGAUAUCUUAUGCUUCUCAAGAAGCUUGGGUAUUCAAUGAAACUAUCAGAAAAAAUAUCUUGUUCGGAGAGGAAUAUGAAGAAGAGAAAUAUAAAAAAAUCUUGCAUAUAACGGCUCUCGAAAAGGAUAUAAGCUUAUUUCCUAAAAAAGAUCUGACUGUUGUAGGAGAAAGAGGCGUGAUUAUGAGUGGAGGACAGAAGGCGAGAAUUAAUUUAGCAAGAGCCUUAUACCUAGAUGCCGAUAUAUUCCUCCUUGAUGAUCCACUAAGUGCUGUUGAUGUACCAGUAGCAAAACAUAUACUCCAAAAGUGCAUAAUGGAAUACUUGAAAGACAAAAUUUGCAUUCUAGUUACAUAUCAAAUACAAUUUUUAAACCAUUCAAGUAAGAUAUUAGUGUUAAAAAAGGGAAAAUGUGAAUUUUUUGGCAAUUACAGUCAAAUGGGAAAUUUAGAAAUAGUAAGAAAAAUCUCAUCACACCAAGAUAUCUGUGAAGAUACCAUAGAAGUAGAGACUGCACGUUUCAAUCAUGAUGAAAUAAUUAAUAGUAAUCAAGUUGAUGUGUAUCGUGAAAUUGAACAUAUUGAUGGCAUUAAUGCAGAACCUGAAGAAAAUCAAAUACCACGUGACAACGAACGCUGUGGAACACUAGGAUUGUCAGUUUAUAAAGUAUAUUUGAAUGCCGGAGCAAGUUUCUUCUUUAAGAUUAUUACAUUACUUAUGCUAAUUAUAUCGCAAUCCAUUACAAGUGCCAGCGACCUUUGGCUAAUUAAAUGGUACGCUUUUANUUCAGGAUGUCGGUACAUUUUAAAAUACAUAUAUCAGCAAUCAUUACAAAUUGCAUUGUACAAUGAUCUAGUCUUUAAAAUAUCAGCUCAGUUUCAGGGAAAAUGUGAAUUUUUUGGCAAUUACAGUCAAAUGGGAAAUUUAGAAAUAGUAAGAAAAAUCUCAUCACACCAAGAUAUCUGUGAAGAUACCAUAGAAGUAGAGACUGCACGUUUCAAUCAUGAUGAAAUAAUUAAUAGUAAUCAAGUUGAUGUGUAUCGUGAAAUUGAACAUAUUGAUGGCAUUAAUGCAGAACCUGAAGAAAAUCAAAUACCACGUGACAACGAACCCUGUGGAACACUAGGAUUGUCAGUUUAUAAAGUAUAUUUGAAUGCCGGAGCAAGUUUCUUCUUUAAGAUUAUUACAUUACUUAUGCUAAUUAUAUCGCAAUCCAUUACAAGUGCCAGCGACCUUUGGCUAAUUAAAUGGUUGCAAGAUAAAAGAUUAUAUAGCCAAAGUGAGUAUAAAAUGGAAAACAUUGCAUCGAAUACGAAUGUUUUGAACAGCACUAUGAGUGAUACUUUUCAUCAACAUCAAGAAAUUCACAUAUAUGUUUAUCUUGGUUUGAUAUGUGCAGUAUUUUUCACCAUGCUAGUUUCUGCAAUAUUAUUGAAUAAACUGUUUACAACUGCAUCUAUUAAGCUCCAUAAGAAAUUUUUCAAAUGUAUUAUUCGAACACCAGUAUCGUUUUUGGAUAACAACCCUGUUGGAAAAGUUUUAAAUCGGUUUUCUAAAGAUGUUAGUAACAUGGACGAUACGUUACCAUUUAUUUUUCAUCAAUUGAUUAAAUAUUACUCUCUUUUUGUUGGCGUGUUUAUAGUUGAAGCAAUCAUUCUUCCCUAUUUACUUAUAUUGACAUCUGUACUAUCAAUCAUAUUCUAUUUUCUGUGGACAAUCCAUAGCCGGGUGUUGGAAAGCAUAAAAUAUUGGGAAGGAAAAUUGAGAAGUCCGGUAUUCUCUCAUCUGAGUACAUCUCUUUAUGGACUUACAACAAUUAGAGCAUUUAAAGCUGAAAAUAAAUUUAUUUCCACAUUUAAUGAAUACCAAGAUAAGCACACUGCAACGUGGUUUACUUUCCUGUCUUUAAAUCGAUGGAUUUCAACAUAUGGCUACAUCAUCGGAUUUAUACACUUAAUUGUUAUUGUAAUAACUUUCAGUGUUUCAACUGAUGCGGAUGAUUCAGGCAGCAAACUUGGACUUGUUAUGAAUUAUGGACUAAUAAUAUUUCUGUAUUUUCAAGUCCUUAUUAAACAUACAUCUGAUAUGAAAUUUCAGAUGCACUCAGUAGCACGCAUACUGAACUACAGCAAAUUGAAAUCUGAAGCGUCAUACGAAAGUUUACCCGAUAAACAGCCACCAGCAGAUUGGCCACAAAAUGGAGAAAUUUGUUUUGAUAAUGUUUCUUUACAAUAUUCCAAGGAUAAAAAUGUUGUACUAAAGAAUUUAACAUUUCGUAUUCAUUCAGGAGAAAAGAUUGGAAUUGUUGGGAGAACAGGAGCAGGGAAGAGUUCAAUAAUAGCUGCUUUAUUUCGUAUGACAGAACCAACAGGAAAGAUAACAAUCGAUGGAAUCGAUAUUAAAGAUAUAGGUCUUCGGGAUCUACGUAGCAAAAUUUCGAUCAUUCCUCAAGAUCCGAUGUUAUUUACUGGUCCCUUUCGCAAAAACAUUGAUCCUUUCAAUGAAUAUUCAGAGGAAAUGAUGUUGCAAGUGUUAGAAGAUGUGCAGUUAAAAGAAGUUAUUAGUAAAUUGCCUGGAGGACUGGAUACAUAUUUAACGGAAGGAGGCCGAAAUUUCAGUGUUGGACAAAGACAGUUAAUUUGUCUGGCCAGAACUCUUUUACGUCAGAGCAAAAUUCUUGUUAUGGACGAGGCAACGUCUAAUAUCGAUAAAAGCACUGACUCCUGCAUACAGAAAAUAAUUCGUGAGAAAUUCAAAUCCUGUACAGUAUUGACAAUAGCCCAUAGAUUACAUACAAUUAUCGAUUCUGAUAUGGUUAUGGUUUUGGAUGCUGGAAAACUAAAAGAGUACGACUCGCCAUAUAAAUUACUGAAGAAUGUAAAUGGUACAUUUUACAAUUUGGUAGAGAACACAGGAGUAACUUCAAUGAAUGAGUUAUACAAAAUUGCCAAAGAUAAAUAUUACGUUAAAGAAAGUACUUUAACAACGAAAUUAUAAAAUCAAUAUAUCUGCCUUUUUGAUAUCCUGUGUUCCUCCUAUUAUUAUUUUAUUUAAAAUUUUCUCGUAAACAUCACUUCCAAUUAAUGCUUCCAAACGCAAUGUAACAAUCAGAAUUGUAAGUAUAUAAAAAUUUGAUAUAGUUGUGAAUUUCACUGUAAAAUCUAUACGCUAAACAUUUUGUAAUACAGUUAGUUGCUAUUUUGGACAUUAAAAAUAUUCAGGAUGAUUUUAUUCAGUUAAAAAAGUUAAAUUUCAAAAUAUUAAAGAAGAGUAAUUUCAGAUUUUUGAAUAGUUUGUAGAGAUUUUGUUAGCAGGUUUCGUAGAAAAAUUCCAGUAAUGUAUACAUGUAUUCCACUUAAAUUGUGUUUUGUUGUUAUAAAUAAAUAAAAGUAAAUU